CUCCUGUUAACUUCCUCUGUGAGGUGAUCACACUCCCUGUACCCAGAUUCUCCCGGAAGACACCCCCCACCCCAGGUUUCUCAGUACUGGAGACAAAAGGCUUCUGCCGAUGAUCUGAGCAUUUCCUGCAGGCUCCUUCGGGAGCCAGCCGUGUAGCUGAGAGCCCCCCCCCCCGGCCCUGGGCUGACUCCCGGCCCCCACCUGAGGCUCAGCCGGGGCCUCCCCUCCCCGCUGCAGUUCAGGCGAGGUGCAGCACUGACUUGUGCAACCCUCUGCCACUGCUGGCUUCCGCCUCCGCCCAGCCCACAGGCACCUCCUCAGGGCACCUUCCUCUUUGGUGGCCACCAUGAUGCCUGCCAGGCUGCUGUGGGGGCCCUGCAUGACACCGUGGGCCUUUGUGCUGCUGCUGUCCUGUGUGCUGCCCCGAGGUCACCAGGGGCAGAUGUUCCCGCUGCACCUGGAGUCCCCAGCUGCAGUGCCUGCAGCCGGAGGCCCCAUCCUGGUUAACUGCAGCACCGAGUGUCCUAACCCCUCACGCCUCACACUGGAGACAUUCCUGCCGAAGCAACUGAAUGGCAGCGGCCCAGGCUGGGCAACCUUCUGGCUCAGCAACUUGACUGAGGACAGCACCAUCAUAUGCUCUGUGUUGUGUGAUGACAUGCAAGUGACAGCCUCCUCCAACAUCACCCUGUACCACGGCGCCAACUUUUCAUGUCGCACGGAGCUGGAUCUGCGCUCCGAAGGCCUAGAGCUCUUCCUGAACACUUCGGCCUCCAGGCAGCUCCGGACGUUUGCUCUGCCCAUGACUGCCCCGCACCUGCUGGCCCCCAGGUCCUUGGAGGUGGGCGAGAGGAGGCCAGUGACUUGCAGUCUGGAUGGACUCUUCCCGUCCUCCGAAGCCCAAGUGUACCUGGUGCUGGGGAACCAAUCGCUGACUCCUGAGGUCAUGAGGGAUGGCGACAUGCUCAAGGCCACUGCCACAGUGUACAUGGAUCAGGAGGGUACCCAGAAGAUUGUGUGCAACGUGACCCUUGGAGGAAUGAGUCGCUCUGCCCAGACCUUGACGACGGUUUUCAGCUUCCUAGGACCCCUUCUGAGCCUGAGCAAUACCCGUGUCACCAAGGGGUCCACAGUCAAUGUGACGUGCACAGCCGGACCCCGAGCCCAGGUCAUCCUGGAUGGGGUUCUGGCUCCAUCUUUGGGGAAGCCCGUCCAGCUUCAGCUAGCUGCCGCUGACAGUGAUGACGGACGCCGCUUCAUCUGCAAUGCUACCCUCGAGGUGGCUGGAGAGCUCAUACAUAGAAGCACGGCUGUCCAGCUGCGCGUCCUGGAUUCGAAGCUCUCCUCGGUCAUCAUCGUCCUGACGGUGUUAACAGUCCUGGCCUUGGUCACUAUCUCAGGAGCUUUAGUAUUUGUCUUCGGGAUGCAGCAACGUUGCGGCACCUACCACGUGAAGCAGCCAAGCAUCUCGAUGACCCUUUGGGCAAUGGAGCGUGAAGACAUAAGGGGGGAAGAGGCGCCCUGAUUUGGGGACUAUCAGGAUUCUGGGACAAAGAGGGCCGGGGCUCUAGCUGUACCCUAGAAUUUCCCACUAAUAAAGCCUUUA